AACAUGCUGGAUGCAACUGGCUGACUUCCGUGAGAUUGGCAAUUACCUGAAAGUGAAGCACGAUCAGGCCCAGAAACUCGAGAUGGACAAAAGACGAAUGCGCGCAGGCAACAGCGCAGACAACCGCGUGACCAUGACAGACGCAUUCGGCUCCAUCGCCCGAACAGAGCUCAUAUAUCUAGAGGAUUCGCCGGAUUAUUGUGCCAAAAACCUGAGCCUUGGACUUCCUGGCACAGAGGGUCGGGAGUGCGUGCAACACGGGGAAAGUCUGUCUCAAUGGGAAAGGCGAAGCUGCCGCAGACUGUGCCAUGAGUGCGGUCUGCGGGUGGAGGAAAGGCGCACGGAGGUCGUUAGCAGCUGCAACUGCAAGUUUCAUUGGUGCUGCACUGUAAAGUGCGAGAACUGCUCCCAGGUCACUGUCAAACACGUCUGCACCCGCAGACACGGAAGCCAUGGUCAUAACAGGCGUAGACCUCGAGGACCAAAAUAAAACACGCCUAAAACUGUUUUAUUCGAAGAAUACCUGCACUUUUUCUUGUUUGCCAUUUCUGUAAAUAUUGCUAUAUAUUAAAAUAUUUUAAACAAAUCA